GCGCGGCGCAGAGCGGGCGGCGGGAGCGGCGGAGCUGCGCGCCCGAGGGGCCUUUCCCGCUCCUCUGCUCCGGCGGCCUCCAGGCGCCCCUCCACAGCGGGGCUCGGCCCGGCCCUCUGCGCCCGCUUCACCGCACUCCGUAGCGGCACCGGGAGAGGAAAGGAGAGGAGCCGCUGCCGCGCAGCUGCCCCGAGGGAAAGCCCAUCAUGUCGCGGCCGCUCCCGCUGAACCCCACCUUCCUACCUCCCACCUACGGGGUGCUGAAAUCCCUGCUGGAAAACCCGCUCAAGCUGCCGCUCGCUCACGAAGACGCAUUCGGUAAAGAAAAAGACAAAGAGAAGAAGUUAGAUGAUGACAGCACCAGUACCACGGUCCCUCAGUCAGCUUUCUUGGGCCCAACAUUAUGGGACAAGACACUGCCAUACGAUGGAGACACUUUCCAGUUGGAAUACAUGGACCUGGAAGAAUUCCUCUCAGAAAAUGGCAUUCCACCCAGCCCAAACCAGCACGAGCACAGCCCGCACCAGUCAGGUCUCCAGCAAGCUACCUCAGCAUCACCUUCUGUCAUGGACCUCAGCAGCAGGGCUUCUACUUCAGUCCAUCCAGGCAUGGUGUCGCAGAACUGCAUGCAGAGCCCGGUCAGACCAGGUCAGAUCUUGCCAGCAAACCGAAACACACCAAGUCCCAUUGAUCCUGAGACUAUCCAAGUUCCUGUUGGUUACGAACCUGACCCUGCAGAUCUUGCUCUUUCCAGUAUUCCUGGCCAGGAGAUGUUUGACCCUCGUAAACGCAAAUUCUCCGAAGAGGAGCUGAAACCACAGCCCAUGAUUAAGAAAGCUCGCAAAGUCUUCAUUCCAGAUGACCUGAAGGACGACAAAUACUGGGCAAGGCGCAGAAAGAACAACAUGGCUGCGAAGCGCUCGCGGGACGCGCGGCGGCUGAAGGAGAACCAGAUCGCCAUCCGCGCCUCCUUCCUGGAGAAGGAGAACUCGGCGCUGCGCCAGGAGGUGGCCGACCUGCGCAAGGAGCUGGGCAAGUGCAAGAACGUCCUCGCCAAGUACGAAGCUCGACACGGCCCCCUGUAAAUUCCAGGGGGCAGC